AUGAGCUUCCCUUGGGCAUGGGGCUUGAACAUGGUGUGGAAAGCAAAAUAUGUAUCACCUUAUAGUGAAAGGGCAGUCAUCGUGAAAUACUGCGCCAAGUUCCGCAGGGAAGACGCGUUGAUAUUGCAAGACGUGCGCCACUCAAACAUCAUCGAGUUUUUGGGAGUUGCACCACUUUCUUCCGACUCAUACCUCACCGUGAUUGAGUAUACCGAAGGGGUAUCCUUGUGCAAUCUUAUACAGCAACAUCGAGAUGAUUGGUCAGAUUUCAAAAAGCAUCGCUGGGUAAAAUGGGCUGUUGAGUUGGCACGGGGUUUGCAAUUCAUGCAUCAGAAGAAAUACCAUCACGGAGAUGUGAAAUCUCCAAAUUUGGUCAUCACAAGGGCCGACACGCUGAAAAUCUGCGGCUUUGGCUUUGCCAGCCAAGGUACAGCUAGCGCAGACAUCAUCAUGUGUGGAGUUUCUCCCUGGACGGCACCAGAGGUAGGCAAGUCUCACGAUGAUCCUGACGAAGUAACACCAAAGUCUGACGUUUUCUCUUAUGCUGUUGUCAUAUGGGAACUUCUCACUGGUAAGACACCUUUCGCCGGACAGUCUGCAUAUGAAAUAGCCGCAGCACUCGCCACCGAUCGGAAAAGCCUAGAGAUCCCGACGGAAUGCCCUGAGCCCCUGCGUAACCUCCUAACGGAAUGCUGGGAUCCAGACUACAGAAGGCGGCCCAGUAUGGAUGAGGUUGUCCGCCUCUCUGAACCAGGUACCAUGGACGGUUUGAUCCCGGUGGCUAUUAAAACAUCUGGAGAGAACAAUGUGCUUCCUUUAGGACUUCUACUCGAAGCCAGCAUUCUGAUGGAACUACGUCAUCCCAACAUCUGCCAAUUGAUAGGGGUUUGCACAAAUGAGCGAAUGUACGUUGUGACUGAGUGGGUGUCUGGCGGAAGUCUUGCAGAUUACCUCCAAGAAUAUGAUCCAGACUUACCGGAUCUUUAUGAAAUCGGAGCUCAGAUUGCAAGCGGAAUGGACUACCUUGGCUCCCACAACAUGGUUCACCGUGACUUGACAGUCAGGAAUGUUCUCAUGGGGGAAGGAAAACUCGUCAAGAUAGCUGGCUUAGGAAUGACUAGGAUGAUGGAGAAUGGCGCGUACAAGGCCGAAUUAGAUGAAGAUAUCCCUGUCAAGUGGACGGCACCUGAGGCUGCCCUAGAUCGUUGUUUUACCGUCAAGUCCGACGUCUGGUCUUUUGGUUUUCUUCUAGCAGAGAUGAUUACCUGCAGUUCACCAUAUCCUGGUCUGACAGAUGAAGCAGUUUUGAAGAUGGUUACCCAUGGCUAUCGCAUGCCCAAGAUGCAGGGAUGCCCAGACAGUCUGUACAACCUCAUGUUGAAAUGUUGGGACAAGGACCCUACAGCCAGACACACUUUCGAGUUUCUACAUUCCUGCUUUGAUGAGAAAUCCAUUCGUAUGUAUUUUGCGCGUGAAACUCCGGAGUGCACCCUUUUCUCCAGCCCUUAG